AUGUUGCGGGCUUUGUUAGUGCUUUGUUGAAAAUUCGUUGCAUUCCUGCCAAGUGUAUUUUGUGUCGAAUAACUAUUUUAGCUAGCCUAUCGAUAGCUCCGCUCGAUGACUAGCGAAAGCGAUAUUCGCACUAUCCUUUGCCGUGCGCUGGACGCCGAUGAACUGGGCAAGAAGGAAGAAGCCAUCAACCUGUAUGGGCAAGCAGUGGAGAAAAUCUUGCGGCUCGAAGAUCGCGAGGUGCGCGAGAAGCUUAACAAGUUCGCCAAGCAGGCCCUGGAGCGAGCGGAAGAGUUGAAGGGAAUAAAGUAUUCCAGUCCAGUGAACCCUCAGCCAUCUGCAAGCCUUACCCCAACGACGCUGCAACAACCCGUGCGGAGUAGUUCCGUAUUGAGUAGGUUCAUUGAAGCAAGUCCCUCACGGUCGGGUCCCCUGUUGGAGAUCAGCGGAAGCCGCCAUGCCUACACCAACGAGGAGAAAAAGGUGCUCGAACACACGUCCUACGUCAACGCAAAGGUGUACGUACCGUUCAUGGACAUCGACCUGCUGGAAAAGUUCCACUUUCCGAUGCCGUUCACCGACAAAGACGGUUACCUGGAGCUUGCACCCAAGCAGAAGCGCGAUUUCGUCAGCUGGGUGCGCGUGAGCGAGCUGAGUGAACACCCGCAGCUGAUCGUGGGGGACCAUGCGGACUUUUACAGCAUUCGACAGACGGUCGUAUCGGAUUGCAGCUUCGUGGCGUCGCUUGCCGUGGCGUCACAGUUCGAGAAGAGAUUUAAGCGCCGGAUCCUCACGUCGAUCAUCUACCCGCGUAACAGCCGAGACGAACCGGUGUACAACCCAAGCGGGAAGUACUCGAUCCGGAUGCACGUGAACGGUAUUCCGCGGAAGGUGGUGAUCGACGACCACUUGCCGAUGGGCCGGCACAAUCAGCUGCUGUGCUCGUACUCGAGCAAUAAGAAUGAGUUCUGGGUGUCACUGUUGGAGAAGGCGUACAUGAAGCUGAUGGGAGGGUACGAUUUUCCCGGUUCCAACAGUAACAUCGAUCUCCAUGCACUGACGGGAUGGAUACCGGAACGGGCGGUGGUGAAAUCGACUGAACCGAACUUUGACGCGGAUGCGGUGUUCAACCGGCUGCGGGAGAGCUUGAGUUUGGGCCGUUGCUUGGUGACGGUGGCGACGGGCGAGCUGACGGACGCGGAAGCCGAUCGGACCGGGCUCGUAUCGACACAUGCGUACGCCGUGCUGGAUAUGCGUGAGGUGGACGGCGUGAAACUGCUGCAGCUAAAGAACCCCUGGUCGCAUCUACGCUGGCGCGGUAACUACUCCGAACUGGACGCGGUACACUGGACACCGGAGCUACAGCGGACGCUCGGGUACGAUCCGAAGCUGGCGGCUACGUUCGAUAACGGCGUGUUCUGGAUCGACUACCGCUCGAUCAUCAAUUUCUUCGACGUGUUCUACCUGAACUGGGACCCGACGCUGUUCCAGUACACGUAUUGCAUCCACCAGUCGUGGAGUGCUGGCGUUGGUCCGACGAAGGACGCGUACAACGUCGGUGAUAACCCGCAGUUCAGCCUAACGGUACCGGCAGGGCAGGGUUCGGUGUGGAUACUGCUCACGCGCCACAUCACAAGCAUCGAGGACUUUCGCGAAAACCACGAGUACAUCACGGUGCUGGUGUACAACGGGAAUGGCCGGCGGGUUUACUACCCAACCGAUCCGCCGCCCUUCAUCGACGGUGUGCGCAUCAAUAGCCCGCACUAUCUGUGCAAGAUCCGGCUGGAUCCGACGGCGGAACGCCGCUACACGCUGGUCGUGUCGCAGUACGAAAAAACCGCCACCAUCUACUACUCGCUGCGUGCGUACAGCCGGACGAAAUUUGAGCUUAAACAGCUCGGCCAGCGGUACACGACCGUGGAAAAUCUGAACGGUGAAUGGAGCAGCAAGACGGCCGGCGGAUGCAUGAACCACCCGGCGACGUACAAGAACAACCCGCUCUACCGGUUGCAUAUUGGCCCGGCGGACACGAGCGAUCUCGUGAUCGAGCUGCGCGGUCCCAAGGUGUAUCAGGUGGGGCUCGAUCUGACGGUGGUUUCGCUGGCGGACGCCACCGUGACUGCGCCGUUCGUGUCACAGAAAACCGGUGUCUAUCGGUCCGGAUUUUGCGUGCUCGACCUCGAAGCCAUCCCGGCCGGUGUGUACCAGGUGCGACCUUCCACGUUCCUGCCCGAGCAGGAAUCGCCCUUCUUCCUGAAGGUGAAAUCCACCACGAACGUUGUGAUCGAGAAGCUUAAUUAACCGCGAUCCGUGCGGCUUACGUUGGUUAGCUUGAAGCGCAGCACACAGCUUAUUUUAACUUGUUGAAUGUUGAUCGAUGUGCGAUGUAAUCUACGGCACCAAACUCUCGAAUGUGUAAAUA